AUGUUCCUCUUCUUCAUCGGGGCGCUUGCCGUCACGAUCGUCAUUCCGUCCGUCGGGUACAAGGUUGAAGUCGGGUUGCUUGCGGGCGGAGCCGUCACGAUCUUGUCGACCGCCGCGGUCCUGUACACGUACUCGGCGAUGCCGAUGUGGAAGAAGCAUCCGAACCCAUUGAUCUUUUACCGCAGUCUUUUCGACAUGGGGUUUGUCCUCUUCCUGAUGACAACCCAGUUGUACAAAUGCUACAACGGUAACUGCGUCGUGGACGUCGACUUGAGCCCGCAAGUGAACCAGGCCCUUCGCGCAGAAAUGCUCGACAUGCCCAAGCGAGAGCUCCACCAGACCCCGCAGGGCGGCACGGCGUCGACGACCGCCACAACGUCGACGACGCUCUUUGUCGACUACUGCCCGGCCACGUUUGCCCGUAUCCGGGCGUUCUACGGCAUAUCCACAGACGCGUACGUGAAGAGCCUGAUGAAAACGACAAAGGAGCGGCUGAUCGUCAAGAGUAUGAGCGAGGGCGAGGCGUCGUUCCUGCAGUCGAUCGCGGCCGACUACGCGGCGUUUCUUUUGUCGCAUCCCGAGAGUCUCCUCACCCGAUUCUUUGGGUGCCACUCGGUGCAUCUCAACGGCACGAUGUUCCAUUUUGUCGUCAUGUCCAACCAGCGCUGUUUGGGUUUUUCAUUUCGUUUCCGCUGCGCCGAAAAGUGA